AUAAUCGUUACGAAUGUUCUAUACUAAACUGAAUUACGUACAAUGGAUGCUAAUAUCUAUUGUGUAUUUCACAACUCCACUCAAAUCAAUUAAGGAAAAUCUGCUAAAAUCCUUUUAUAUGCCUUGAUGUGCCUUGCGCCCGACGGUCAGAGCGUCUGACUAAACGAAUAAGCGAACUAUUCCUGGCUUUCAUAUGAGUUCCUUUCAAUAACGGUAUCAUAUUGUUGGACGACCGACUUCCUGUAAAUAUGCUUCAAUCAGGAGGCAAAAUUCUGCGAGCCGCAAUUCGUCAGAGCUCAACUAGUCGGAUUGCUGUUCAGCAAUGUCGAAACGCUAGUGCACUGCAAUUGUCGGCGGCAGUUCCCGAGUUCGAAGUUACAAAUGAACCAAUCCUUGAUUAUCUGCCGGGAAGUCCGGAAAGACAGCAACUCGAGGCCGCCCUCAACAAGUGGAAGGAUGCCACGACCGACGUGCCUAUUAUCAUUGGUGGCAAAGAAUAUCGUACUGAUGUCGUCCGUACCCAUACAGCUCCGUUCGAUCACACCAAAACAGUGGCCAAAUUCAGCUGGGCGGACCCAAACCUCAUCCAGAAGGCAAUUGAGGAUUCUUUGAGCGUUCGCGUCGAGUGGGAAAGGACGCCCCUUGCUGAAAAGAUAAAAAUCUUUCUUCGAGCUGCCGAUUUAGUUGCGAACAAGUACAGGGCAGAUUUAUUGGCUACCACUAUGAUUGGACAGGGGAAAACUAUUUUUCAAGCAGAAAUUGACGCCGCUGCAGAACUUGCGGAUUUUCUAAGAUUUAACGCGUACUUCGCUAAGGAACUUGUCAAAUAUCAACCCAUCAGUCCGGAUCCAUCCGUGACCAUCAAUCAAUAUCGACACAGGGGGAUUGAGGGCUUCUUCACGGCAAUUUCACCAUUCAACUUCUCUGCAAUCGGCGGUAAUCUCGCCACGGCUCCGUCACUUAUGGGAAAUGUCGUUCUCUGGAAACCUUCGGAUUCAGCCGUGCUUUCCAAUUACCUCAUCUAUAAGAUCCUGUUGGAAGCCGGCUUACCACCUGGCGUAGUAAACUUCAUUCCUGCCGACGGAAAAACGUUUGGAGAUGUGACAAGUGCCCACCCUGAACUCGCCGGCGUCAACUUUACUGGCUCAGUACCAACGUUCCGCACGAUCUGGCGGCAAGUGUCGAGCAAUCUGGAGAAAUAUAAGAAUCUUCCCCGGAUCUUGGGCGAAUGUGGUGGAAAAAAUUUCCAUUUUGCCCAUUCAAGUGCAGAUAUCGAUACUCUUGUAGCUCAGACGACCCGUUCUGCCUUUGAGUUUAGUGGGCAGAAAUGCAGCGCUUGCGAACGACUUUACGUACCUGACACGAUAUGGCCCAAGGUAAAAGAAGGCAUGCUCGAAGCUCAUAAGAAGCUCAAGCUGGGCUCGCCUCUCGACUUCAGUUCGUUCACUUCGGCUGUAAUCGACCAAACUGCUUUUAAAAAGAUCUCAAACUUCAUUGAAUACGGCAGAGCGAAACAAACGCUUUUGGCUGGUGGAGAAACGAAUUCGACAAAAGGAUGGUUUAUUGAGCCGACUAUUUUUCAGACUCAGGAUCCAGAUGACAGGCUGAUGAAAGAGGAGAUCUUUGGACCUGUUGUAACGGUAUAUGUCUAUGACGCUAAGGACACACUAUCGGCUAUGCAAAAAGCUCUACAAACAUCCCCAUUCGGUUUAACUGCAGCGAUAUUUGCGCGCGAACAAGCCUGGCUCGAAAAAUCGACUGAGUAUCUAAAGUACGCUGGCGGAAACUUCUAUGUGAACGAUAAGUCGACUGGAGCAGUUGUUGGUCAACAGCCUUUCGGAGGCUCGAGAAUUUCCGGUACAAACGACAAGCCAGGCGGUCCGCAUUAUCUGCUUCGUUUCAGCUCUCCGCAAGUUAUCAAGCAAACGUUGACGCCACUCACGGAGAUUGACUAUGCUUACAUGAGGCCGUAAGCUGAUGUCUGCCAGUGGGUGCGUGUCUAUUAUAUGAAUAGCUUUUCAAAGCAGAAGAUUUUAAUAAAGAGUAUUAUACCGAGCACUAAAUAAGCAGUUGCCAAUUCAGAUGUAUUGGAACGGAAGAGCAGAGAAACGGGGGAGUGCGAGGUGGAAAAAAUACAUGUUCAUAAAUUAGUUGUUUUUGCUAAAUAUUAAAAGGAAUAUCUGCUGAAUUUAAGAUUCAUUCCUAGAGAUACAGUGCAUAAUAACGCCAAGAUUAUUAGCCUCGUUGUUUUUGAGGCAUUUUAUUAUGGGCUAGGGCAUGACAAUCCAAUAUAUUAUUAUAGAGUACCUGCGUAAGACCAUUGUGUGCAAGCAGAGAGUGAAUAGGUUAAACCUGCUUAUGGAUGAUUUGUUCGUUGUAAAAUCUUAAUUCAAUUUUUCUUUAUCUGAAACUAUUGAAUAUUGACUGAUUGAAUAUGAAAUACUGAGUCACUGCUGACUACUUUUUAUCUAUGUUGCGGCGCACGUAUGCUUUAAUUAGCAGAAAUAGUAGCCCAAUAUUAUUUGAGAUAGUUUACUUUUUGUUUCAAACUACAACUAUAUUGUUCAGAUUGAAAAAUUUAGGAUAUCAAGAUCGCUACAACCGAUCGGAGAGACUGCCCAAACACGGUACUGCAGCAUCUGGUGUCUUGUUAAAUGGUUAAUUGUCAUAACGCCAAUGAGCUGUAUGCGCUUAGGUCCAUAUACAUCUGCUCCCCCCCCCCAAAAGAAAGGACGGUUUCUAUUAAUAGAGGGAACCUAACAAUUGUUUUUUGUGCCUUGUUAUCAACGGAACUCUUCACUCACGCGAAGUCUUUCAGUUAUUUAGGAACGCUCCAGACGACGAAAUAACGCUCAUUGGAGCGUUUGGAAUUAAAGCCUUUAAAUUGAGAGGUUAUAAAGUGCAUUGAUUUGAAGCGCCGUCGUUUAAAGUUCGUAGCUGAUAGAUGCGGUGUAGUAAGAAGCACCUAUGGACUCCAAUCAGAGAAAAUCCUAAUCGUCGAUUCCAACCCCAACUACUAAAUCCCCGCGGGGAACAAUCAGAUCCUUAUAGAGCAGCAUGUCUUGCUCCUCCCAAGGUUUUCGGCUUAAUUUUCUUCGAAUGACCAUGCAAACUGACACUUGAACCUUGAAAUUAAUUUGGAUACUUCCUCAAGGAACGAUCUUUUUAAUAUAUCGUAUUUAUCUUUGUCGCUACUGACCAAAAUAAUGAAAGUGAUACAGAUAUCAAUACACAGAUAUAUAUUCUUAAAACGGCACUGGCAAAUAUCUUUUGUAGGGAAAGAGAAAACCUGAAUAGACCAACACUCUGUAUUGUUAUACUCAUAUACCCAACAGCAAUAUAUAGAUACCUACUAGGUAAUAAAUAUUGUGAAAUAAUAAUAAUAAUAUUUUCCUGAUACAACCACCGAAAUAUCGAAACAUGGAAUCGAAUGACUGUGUUCAGUGUUCGUGAAAUUUCCUGUUAUCUAUUCGAUGUAAGUUCCUAUAUUUGUAAGGGAGUAUGCUUCAUUGUAUCCGGAACGAGGCUGCUAUAUAAAUAAAACUGAUAUUGAAUGUCGUUGAUGA